AUGCCCCAGCCACAGGCCUGCCCUUGCUACAUCCCCAAUCAGGGGAUACCCCCAGGGAUGUUGUUGUUAAGCCAUCCCCCAGAACCUACAUUUCUGCCCUGCACUCCAGUGACCACAGAGCCACCACAGAUGUUUGCUAUUUCUGGUCAGCCCCAUGGGCCUACUCUUCUGCCUGGCAUAUGCUCAAGACUGAUCCUUCAGCCUUGUGCCACCCUUGACCCUCGUCUACUGCAGCCACAGGUCCAGAAAGGCUCUGAGCAAGAUGUGGUUGCUGCUUCCGAGUGGCAGCGGAAGCUGGAGGCUGCUGAGGCACUGUUGGCUCUAAAAUACUCUCGCCCAGUGCCAACUGACUCCACCACUCUGGCCCAGCCCUGUGGCCCUCCAGCUCCUGCUGGAGAAAGAACACUGCAAUCUCCCAUUCCUGCUGAGUGUGCCAGGUCAGCCACCUCCAAUUCACUGCCUGGUGGACAUCUGGGCUGCAUCUGA